UGUUCCCCACCUCAACCUCCCUCCAUGGACUCCUCCUCCUCCUCGGAGUUCGAGUUCUGGAUGGUUGGCAAAGAGCCCUCCAUCCCCCAGCCUCACCUUCUCACCGCCGAUGAACUCUUCGUCGACGGCGUCCUCCUCCCUCUCCACCUCCUCCCUCCCUCCCAACGCAACCCCAACUCCACCACCCAACUCCCAUCCGAACCAAACACCGACACACCACCACCUCCCCCAGACUCCUCGAUUUCCCCUCCUCCCACCACCUCCUCCAAGAGAUGGAUGGAUAUUUUGAAGGCAGGGGAGAGAAAGUUGGCAGAGAGGGUGAGGAAGAAGGAGAGAAGAAACAGCGCCGCUCAUGCCGCGGAGCUUGUCAUCAACAUCUGGCCCUUCUCGAGGAGCUGCUCCGCCGGAAACGCCGGCACCGGGAACACUGCCAAGGUUAUGGUGGCCCGGCGCAAGGCCAGUAGCACGCCUUGCUCCCGGAGCAACUCCCGUGGAGAGUCCUCGAAGCCGGCUACCACCGCCUCCACCACCAGGAGGAGGUGGGCUUCCAACCCGGGACAGGUCCGGUUCAAUGAUGGCAUCCACCUUGGCCGGACCAGCCCGGUCUGGCAGCUCAGGAGGAACUGCAAGCCUCCUGAACUUGAGGAGAAAACCCACGGAAGAGAUGGCAGCGAUGCGAAGAAAGGAGGCGGCAGCGGUGGAGUUAGAAUGAUGGAUUUGACCAGGAAGACAUGCAUCAGGUAUCGGAAUCUGGUGAGUUGUAGUGGGGAGGGUAAGGAUGGGGUGGCCGGCGGCGACCGGAGCACUGGAAGCGUUCGCGUUGGAAGCAAUGUGGGUCUGUUUAAUCUUAGGGCCAUUUUCUCCAGGAUGGUGGUUUGACGUAAAUAUAUAUAAUUGUAUAUUAUGGCUGGGUCUUGUAAAAUAUUAUGCCCUUAAUUUGUAUCUGAUGAC